AUGCACCGUAUCACUCAAAAACCAAAUGUCGGUCAAGCUGACGGGUUGGAGAAAUAUGGGAAAGUCAGUCCAGCAGGCAGAUAUGCAGCCACGAUGCUGCAGGCUCGGGGAAUCGCAGGGCGGACGAUGACUCGGGAUCGCGAUCGAAAAGAAGUGAAGUCGGAUGCUGCCACCCAGGAGUUAGGAAAUCGAGUGGUCGAGUAG